CUAUACACGCCCAUUCCACGUUAAAGUGAACAACUGGUGGGACCAUUGCAACCCGUCGCUGUCCCUACCAAUCUUCUCCGCCUCUUACGGUGGACAGCCCUGCCAUUGACAGAUCAGCAUCAUCCACAAUCAGUCUCGUAUACAGUGCUGCUAAACCCAUACUGUACGAACUAGAACUAUUUCAGCAGAAAGAUACAAGUUCAAUUCGUGGAAGCAAAAAUACCUUUAAUCUGUGCGUGUCGUAACAGAUAUUCCAUUAAAAAGAGGUGAAAUUUCUGAACUAAGACGAGGGAACGCAAUCUCAGCAGGCCAUCUGGAAAAGAGUUGUGAAAUCGUGACCCACACUGAGAUCUGAUAGAAGAGAACCAUGCGGAACAUUACCUAUAUGUGUGCCUUGUUGAUGGUGUGUGUGGCUUCUCCGACGCCAAUACAUACAUGGAAAUGUGAGGCUCCCAAGCCACCUGACCACGGCUUCAUUGACGGCACUGACUUCAGUCUCGGCGCCACUGUGCACGUGCGAUGUGAUGAAAGCUACUAUUUGGUUGGUGCGUCGGUGAUCACGUGUGUGGCUGUACCGGAUCCUUUUCAUAAACACGUGCAGUGGGACCCCAUAGGACAAUGGGAAUGCAAACCGAGGAAACGAAUGCAGAGUGAGAACGAAUUACAGUACAAAUUUAUUCCCGAGCAAGCUGUCUCCCUCGAUGACUAUGAACCUAAAUAUGGUCAGUUCGGAUCUGGACCUUAUACUGACCCCAAAGUUACGACUGGUCCUGAAGGUUUAGACGAGCGGUGUACAUUACCGAAGAUUGUCGGAACAUGCCGAGCUGCAUUUCCGAGGUAUUAUUUCAAUAUGGAGACGAUGGAGUGUGACAGGUUCAUUUACGGCGGUUGUGAUGGAAACAGCAACAAUUUUAAAACUUUUGAAGAGUGCCAGCGUUACUGUUCAGUAAACAGCGCGUGAUGGAUAUACUAGGCUUAUUACUGCCACAGGUCAUAAUAAUAUGACCGGUUAUACCAAAGAGACAUUUUGAAUAGUUAAUGGUUUAGAAUCGGGUGAUAUUGUAUUCAUGCACUCAUGUGCAGUCACACGUGCAAUUUCGAUAUUUGGUCAUCACGUGUACUAUGACGUCAUACGUGUUGUGACGUAAAUGUGCAUGCAGAUUCUGUGAUGUGAGAAUGGUUAUGGAUAUAUCGUGUCAUGUUGUUGCGUACAUGGAGGCUGUCUGAAGACUGUUUCCAUAUUUGUCAUUUUCUGGAUUCGGGUACGGUAUUUCUGGUGCACCCGCCGUGAUAUUGCUGAAUAUAUUGCUAAAAGCGGCGUAAACCUAAACUCAUUCACUAACUCACUCACACACUCCGGUAGGCCACAUCAGCCUUAACAUGGUGUCUGUACGCAUCCCGUGUCGCAUAGCUGACAUAUUGCCCAAUUUAACUAUCAAAAAAACACUCUUUUAGAUUCCUCGUAAACUUGCGGUCCUCGUCAAAGUAGUCAGAAUGUGUGGAUAGUUGCUCCGAAAAACAAUGACUGUGUUGUCUGGUCCAGAUUCGAUGACUGUUAGGCCACCGCUGAGUGCAGUUUUAUAGAUAUUACAAAUAUUAAAAUCUAAUGCCGCCAGCAUAUAAAAUACUACAAAAUGUUUCAAUAUAUGAGGACUCUUCAGACAGCCCCCAAACCCGUUCUUUGUUUUUUAACGACAGAUAUACCGUAUUUGUGCAUUCUGUCUGUUUGGACAUUCCGUGCAGAUUUGUGUAUGUGAAUUCCUGGUGUAAUUAGGACGAUUAAACUAGUCUUUUGUGUAGGCAAAGAAAUCACUUUCAGCGUUUACCUAGCAUUAAAUGGAAUCAUGACGGUAGGGGCAUAUUUGGUAGACUCCGCGUUGAACCCUGUUUGUAUUCACGUACUGUGUGCGGCUUGUGUGUGAAUGGUGAAUGUACGUAAGUGCCUUCUGUAAGACAUGUACACGGGUUGUAACACAGGCCAUAAUACUGACGUAUGGUGCUGCUGCUGUGGUUGCCGUUAAUGCCACAUGUGUUGUAUGACCACUAUAAGCAGACUCGUCUUCGCGAUAUUCUCGCCACAAUAGGUCGACGUCGAGAACAGAGUGAAAAUAUCUCGUUAUACCGCUGUCCAGGCAGAUUACGCUACUGCGAAGAGGUCUUAAGAUCCAGAAAUUCUUCAUCAGAACCUGAUCUAUUAGAGGAUUAUUAUGAAAACCAUAUAUUUUGAAAUAUUGUAUUUCGAUAUGAUGAAAACCGACUAUAUGUUAGCAAGCCUGUGAGUAGACGAGAAAACGCCCUUCCAUGACAUUGUUUCAGAAGGCAGUCAUGUGACUGCAGACUAUAGAGCUUAUCUUUUCAUAUGCUUUAUUUACAAUGUGUAAGUAUUUCUGAGAGGUGUGGGCCGAUAUUAGCCAUAUUGUUUCAGACUGUGAACACGUGGCCUCUGUGUUUGGGAAUGGAAACCAUUCAGCUUACAAGAAGGUUUCUCCUCUGUCAUUCGUUGGUCCCCAAACCAACCACCAUAUAGGCGAAACGCAGAGAAAUAUUAUUUCCCAUACCCUUCAAUGUCAUGAACAUUUUGAACGAUCCCUUGACAUAAAUGGAUUAAUCUAAGCCGUUCAGUCUUUGCAUUAAGUUAGUGCUGAUUUGUUGUCCUUUGAUUUGCAUAAAUUGUAUUUGAAUUGUAAAUAGCAAGUAGCUAUAAUGUAUUUAAUUUCAUAUAAUCAAUCAUUUUAUCGGUACUAUUCUCUCAAACAUAUAUUGAACUGCACGCAAAAUAUUCGUAGUCAUUGCAAAAUUGAAUUUGUAUGAGAACAUCAUGUAGUGGUUGUGGUGGGUAUAAUUCUGCCAAUGAAGACUCCCGGCUUGGUGUGUUAAGUUGAUUAGUCGUGACUAACAUGGGUCAGCUUGCACAAAGCGAUCUCAGCUUAAAGACAAUGGUAUCUCCCAUAUAUUGACAUAGAUAGGAUAGUUAUAGCUCUAGGAACACUUUGUGCAAGUUGGCCCUGGGUGCCGUUGUACAGAAGUCUACUGUCCCAAGUCUACGUGAAGGUAUGGGGGUUACGACCACCUUAGUGGUAAGAUCGCUUGUACAACGGUACCGAGGCCUGUUACCCUACGUCCACCCUUGUCCCCCGUGUUGUCAUGUUACACGUCAUCAUGGAAAACAACUUUAUACUGGGUCUCCGCCAUUGUCUUUCUCGUCAGGGAGGGAAGCUGGGGUGACUUAAAGGUUAAGGCUCUGGCUCAUCACGGUUGGAUUUCCCCUUUGGAUAUUACGUAUGAAGUCCGUUUCAGUCUCUUUCUGGGAUGUUUCGUAAAUGGGCUUUAAAGUAUAGUUAAAGGCACAUAGCAAAUGUGUCAGCCAAUAUAGAACAGGCUAGGAUUAUAUUAAGUGUGUUACGGUGUACUGAUAUGGUUAAUAUCAAAUGACACUAGUGGAGAAUGUAUUUAUAAUUAAAUUGUUUUGAUGAGAAGUGAGCCGCAAAUGACCAUAUCGUGAGGGCGGCCAAUAAAAAACUCCUGCUGAAGAUAUGCAAACACAGCCGUCUUUGUCAAUGUCCUAUGGAAACCAGUAUUGGAUGAUAAAGGAUUAUUCACCCUAAAAUAAAAUGUAUUUCUUAAUGCACUUUGUGAAAACUGUUACAGUUGAAAGUAUGUGUUACUAGUCAAGAAUAUGAAAUAUGAGUUUGUUAUGACCAGAUCGAUGUAGACUUAUAUAAAUAGCCGUUUUACAAGAGGAACGUUCAAAAUCCUAUGUUGGUUUCAGUGCGUUUCUGCAGUUUUAAUUAUGGUUUAAGAAGACAAACGAACGUGUUUCAGCAUUUGCUCUGAAUGUCGAAAUGCAAAUGUUGUAAUAAGCUAUCUUGUAAGUUCUGCAUGUAAAUAGAUGUAACUGUUAUCUCUUAAACAAAAUGCAAUAUUGCAAUAAUGUUAUCCAAUAUUUCCAUGGUGCCAAAGUAUGUACAUUGAUGUAUAUUUGAUUACUCGUGACCAGUGUGUAUACGUUGUGUAAUCAUCGCCUGUAAGUGUACAUUGUCUAUAUGUCAUUGUUUAUGUACAGAUGAAUAUCAAAAUAUUAUUUAAUUAUAUGAUGUGUCGCUGCAAAAUUACAUCUUUUCAUGUUAUUAAAAAUAAAGUCAUAAUUCUA